ACUUUCAAUGUACUCACGACACGUAUAAAAGACCUCUGCAACACCAGGAUAGUAUUCAGUAGCUCUCGGGUAGUCUGACAAAGAAGUUCACGAUGAGAUUUCUGAUCGCUUUCGUUGCCCUCGUCGGCUAUGCUUCGGCUAGCGCCAUCAUCUCCCCCCUGGUAUACGGCGCCAACGCUGGCGACGUCCAGGCGGCCGCCAUCAACGCGAAUGUCGCGGCAACGGACACCGUCCGCGCCAUCGGAGAAGGCCAGGCCCGCGCUGCCGAAGCCGCCAUCCAAUACAACACUGAGGCAGUCCGUCAGGUCGCUGAAACCAACCGCAACAUCCAUGAGAACGCUUUCUGGGGCAACGUUGCCGCUUCCCAAAACCUCGUCGCCGCUGCGCAAUCCCAAGCUGCCGCCAUCGACGGAAACCUGGCUGGUGCCCGCGCUGCUUUAACCGCUGGCUAUGCUGGUGCUCCCCUCGCUUACGCCGGCGCUCCCCUGGCCUACGCUGGUGCUCCCCUUGGCGUAGCCGCCGCCUACGGUGCCUACCCCUACGGACUCCGCGCUUGGUAAACCGGUUACCAACCACUCACUAACUAGUCGAUCUAUUUAGUGUUGCUAAAAAUUACCGUCACUACAUACUUCGUCUAUUUAGUGAUGUCAAGAAUUAACAUGAUUAAAUACAGCUAGCCAGUUUAUUUGGUUAUGUUAAUUUAGUAAAUAAAUAACGAGAGUUGCCUCAACUGAUUUAUAAUCCGUUGGGGAUGCCCUCGUAUGACUGUUACUGAUAACGGUGCAAGCUUUAUCGGUAAAAGUCGAAACCACCUCAGUAUCAAAGGAUAACCGAAUUUUGCUCAACGGACUCAAUAUACAAAGGUCUCAUUCUGUAACUCUCUUUGUAAAUAAGCGAAUCUCAUGCCAUCACUGCCAAAGUGCUGUAAAUAAACGCAUAACAUUUUUUUUACAAACUUCGGUUGUAAUUUAUAUUUUGUUUUCCACUUUUUUAUACACACCACCCGUCACUCGUUUUUUGUAAAUAAAAUGUUUGUAGUAACGAAA